AUGUCCGGCAAGCACGAGUUUUGCCCAGGAGAGAAGCGGAUGAUUGUGAACAGCUACGAGUAUUUCAAAAGCCAGAAGGAACAAGGCCUCUUCAAAGGCAUCAGGACACGCCAACUGGUCUCUGAUUACCUUGCAAGUAGGGGGCGUACAACCUACGCCAAGUUUGUAGAGGGGUCUAUACAAUGCUGGAACGCGUCAAAAAAGCGAAAGCAAGAUGAAACCGAGGACUAUCAUGGCAACUUAAACUCUGAGUUGUUUGAAGCGUGGUUCGAGAAGUUGUGCAAGACGUUGGAGGACAAUUAUGGUGGCUGUAACAUCCACAUGGAUGGCGCCGGCACGCUGCAACCAUCGACUAAGAUCGAGGACCAGUUCGUCGCUCUUCAGAAGGAAUUAGAACAGUAG